AUGAAUCGUGAACGCAACGAGCUUCGUUCAACAUGGCGGCGCAGCGUAGGACUUUAAUGCAGAGCCAUCAGAGCUGGACGGAUGACCUGCCUCUGUGUCAGAUGUGUGGGGUUGGCACAGCACCCAACUGUGUUUACGGCCCUGAUGGCAAAGGAACUCAGAGCCACCCCAACGAGGACGGACACCUCAGGUUCAGAGGUGAGGAUGGCUGUUUCCUGUACGGGGUGUUUAACGGUUAUGAUGGCAGCAGAGUGGCCAAUUUUGCUUCCCAGUGUCUAACAGCUGAACUGCUGCUGGGGCAGCUGAACUCCGGUCACACAGACAGCGACGUCCGCAGGAUCCUCACGCAGGCCUUUGAUGUGGUGGAGAAGAGCUACUUUGAAACCAUAGACGACGCGCUGGCUGAGAAGGCUAACCUCUCCAACUACCUCCUGCCGCACAACGAGAAUGUUUCAUUCCACCAGCUUUCUCCUCAGAGUCAGAAGAUGCUGGAGCGGCUGAAGGAGCUAGAGCAGGAGGUGUCGGGAGGUGCUACGGCUGUGGUGGCGCUCAUUCUCAAUAACAAGCUCUACAUUGCCAACGUUGGUACUAACCGAGUCCUGCUGUGCAAGUCCAGCAGCGACGGCCAGAACCAGGUGCAUCAGAUCGGUCGACCGCACAGUACUGACAACGAGGACGAGCUGCAGAGACUGGCUGCACUGGGUUUGGAUUCGGCUCGUAUAAGACAAGCAGGCCAGAUAGCGGGACAGAGCAGCACCAGGAGACUUGGAGACUACCGAGUCAAAUUUAACUACAACGAGACUGACCUGCUCGGUGCGGCCAAGGCAAAGCCAGUCAUUGCGGAGCCAGAGAUUCAUGGCGGCCAGUCUUUGGAAGGCAUCACGGGCUUCUUGUUGCUGAUGUCAGAGGGUCUGAUAAAUGCCCUCGAGUCCGCCCACGGUCCCGAACAGGCCAAUCAGGAAAUUGUUGCCAUGGUAGCAGCAGAACUAGCCCAGCAGACCAGUCUGGAGGCGGUGGCUCAGUCUGUGGUCGAGCGAGUCAAGCGGCUUCACCACGAUGUCUUCGUGUCCGGCCGUCAGAGGGCAACUUACUGUUCUCGACACGAAGACAUGACCCUGCUCAUCCGCACGCUCAACUACCCACUGGCCGAUGCAGCGCUCACACCCACGCAGGGUGGUCGUAUCUACCCCGUGUCUGUGCCCUACUCAAACAGCCAGAGCACCAGUAAAACCAGUGUCACCCUCUCACUGGUCAUGCCCUCACAAAGCACCCUGACCAAUGGAACCAACACGGCCUCCACUUUGGAGGAAGGCACCCCCACACCAGGCAGUCAGAGCCCCACGGCCACUCUCCAGUCCACCAACACCCAGACACAGAGCUCCAGCUCCAGCUCAGGAGAUGGAAGCCUGUUCCGCCAGAGGGGGAGUCAAGCCGCGCAGCCAGACGAGACGGGCAGGGUCCCGCCGUACGUGGACUUCAGUCAGUUUUACCGCCUGUGGGGAAGCGACCAUGGAGAUGGCCAGAGCAGCCAAGGAGGCCUGGGACCACAGUGAGGCAGACCGGGGAUAGCGGCAAAGCAGGCACAUGGAUUUUUAAAGGGACAAAGAUUUCUAGAAGUGGUGGGAUGACUAAUAUUAUGCUGUUAAUGUAUCAUAACUACAAAUAAGUGACCUAAAGGUGCAUGGGGAUGCACUUUUCAACACUUGGCAAUCAGCUGGGGUGGAAAGACAAUGAAAUGCUGAGAAAAUGGUGUCACUUCACACUCCAAAUUGAUGUCUGCGCAUCUGUAAUAGACAAAGGAUCAUGAGUGAAUAAAUGUAAUCCAGAUUGUCAGAUGUAAAAAAACAAAACAAAAUGUGAAUCUCAUGGAACAGGGAGUUUGUGGAGUUGUGAGUUGUUAUACUGCAAGGCCUUAAAAUGGAAUGAAUGAAUGAAUGCUUUUUUUGUGAUGACAGUAUCACCAGAUUAAUCAGUGCAUUCUGUUGGCUUUACUCUUCCCAAAUAGUUCAUCAGUAGAUGAACCUCAAAGAGCCAGAAGAUCUGCUUGUAUGGUAGUUAUGACCAUAGCUAACUAGUAACGAGUGGCCACACUAUAGUUAUAUUUUUGGUUGUAUGGUCAUUUCUACAUGUCCCAGAGGUUUAUUCUUAAUUCAGGGAUUAACAGUUAAAAGUCUAAACAUAAGUAAGAAGAUUUUAGGGAGUUCAUUAUAUUAGUUUUAACCAGCUACCAGCAUUGUAGCUGUGAUGGUAACUAGUAUUCAGCAGCUUGAUUUAAAGUGGACAUAUAUGGAGUAAGAAUACUGUCAAAAAGGUGUGUGCACAAUUCUAAC